AUGGGAAGAAAAGCUCAGCCCGGAUCAAUGACAGGAUGGGGCUCAUGGGGAGAUGUCUCGCACCCCGGAGUUUCCAUGGUCCUCGCCACUGCUCUCGCCAUCGUCUACUUUAUUCUUGAGAUCUACCAUGUCAAGGGUGUGCAAAACUCAACUGCCAACCCCAACGAUCUUCUUGCUUCUGCCGCUUUUACUCUUACCGCCUGGACCUUCAUUCUCAUGUUCUUCGGAAACGACUGGCGAUUCACCUUCAAACUUCAUGCUCUUCUGGCUUUUGCCGUGACUCUGUCUUUUGCCAUUCUCUCAGCCCAGGAAAAUGCCGAAGCUGCCACUGUCCAAGCUCUUUCUGUUGCAGCCUGUGUUCUCGCCUGGUGUGCCGUUGUGUGCCUCACUCACGUUCUCUACGUCUGCUUCUGGAACAUGUUCGAGAAGCGAUGGGAGAAGAAAGACCGCUCCUGGUUCGCUACUGUCGUCUGCUUUUUCCUCACUGUUCUUGCCUUCAUCUUAUGGCUCAACUCUGGCACUGUCAGCAUGACUCCACUUAUGAGCAACUGGGUCCACGGACUCUUCGUUGCUGGAACUUGCUUCGCCCUCGUCGCCUGUCUCAGCUAUAUCUUCGGCCUUAUCAAGGACGGUGACCUUCUCGACCUCUACUGUGGAAUCGCUUGCCUCGCCCUCACCAUCUUCUGGAUCGCUGCUGUUGCAAUCACUCCAGACAACAUGGAAAAUACUGUCUUUCUCACCGCGAUCAUCCUCACUGCCUUCAACACAGUCAUUUUGGCUUACCUCUCAUUUUCUGUUGUCAAGAGGUUCUGGGACCAAUCCUGGUCUGGUCGAAUUUUGGUCAUCACUGUCGUCCUCGUCGUCAUCCAGUACACUCUUGCUAUGACUGCAGACCAACCUAACAGCGGCGCGAACCAGGUUACCCCAGUUGUUACUGUGGCCAACUGGUGGCUCGGAAUCCUCUCUGCUGGUUUUGCGUGCGCGAUUGCCGCUUGCUUCUUCAGCGUCAUCAAGAUCCACCUUCCAACUUCUUUGAACUUCAACGCUGCUGCCCUUGGACUCUACGUCGCUUACUUCGUUACUGAAUGCUACAACCGAUCUAAGAAUAACGCAGUAUCAACCAACCUCUACGAUUUCAGCCAUCGAAAGGGAAUCGCAUCCCUCGCUCUCUGCGCUGGUAUCAUCGCCCUUCUUCUUGUCUCUCUUAUCAUCAAGGCUUUGGUCUACAAAGGAAAGAACGCUGGAGACACCUCUGAGCCCAAACAGAAAUUGAAGAUCAUCUGCCGAUCUUGCUGCUACACUAAGGUCGUCAAUGUUGAUGAUGUUGAUGAGACAGGAAUUCCAGGACCGGCUCGACAUUGA